AACGCACUGUGUUGAUAAUGUUUUCGCGGGCUGGAGUAUUAUGAUCACGAGGAGAGUCUAACCGGUCGAUACUUGAGCUUCUGUUGUUUGGGUGAUUUUCUGGCCCGGAUUCUUCGUGCUCUGGAACGUUAAACUUCGUGAACUUACUUAUAUUGGGUUCUGAAGUAUUAAUAAAGAAGCCUUCCUAAACAUGGCGGAUAAGGAGAAUGACCCUUUGGGAAGCACAGAGGCUCGUCAACCUUUGACAAAAGAUGAAGAAGCGAACGGCGAUGUACCUGAAGUCAAAAUAGAAGACAAAGUCCAGCUUAAAAAAGAAGUUACACUUCUAAAUGGCGUUGGAUUGGUCGUAGGAGUCAUGAUCGGUUCUGGCAUCUUUAUUUCGCCUAAAGGUGUGCUCAUUCGUACUGAAUCUGUUGGCAUGAGUCUUGUAGUAUGGGCCGGUUGUGGUCUCUUGGCUCUUUGUGGAUCCCUUUGUUAUUGUGAGAUGGGGACCAUGAUUCCUAAAUCAGGCGCGGAAUAUUCCUACCUUAAAGAAACCUUCGGUCCUCUGCCUGGGUUUCUAUACAGUUGGACACUAGCUUUGAUCAUUCGUCCGUCGUCUAUCGCGAUAGUCGCUUUGACUUUUGCACGCUAUGUCACACAACCAUUCUUCCCGGAUUGUGAAAUAAGUCCUUUGGCUGUUCGUAAAGUCCUGGCUGCGGCAUGUAUUGCUGUGACCAUAUUUAUCAACUGUGCGAGUGUUAAAGUGGCUACUCGCAUAACGGACGUCUUCACUCUUGGGAAAUUGAUCGCCAUCGCGAUUCUUGUUGUGAUUGGUAUCGUAACACUUGCCGAAGGCAAUGUACAGUACUUAAAAGAUCCUUUCGAURAUAGCGAAUCCAACCCUGCUGCCAUUGGUUUGGCUUUCUACUCUGGUCUUUGGGCAUACGAUGGAUGGAAUGCACUCAACUUUGUCACUGAGGAGAUGCGAAAUCCUGCAAGGGAUCUACCUCGUGCACUGAUGAUUGGCAUCCCCUUGGUAACCAUUUGCUACCUGCUGACCAACAUCGCUUAUAUCGCGGUCGUGGGAGGCGAGGGUAUUCUGACUUCUGGAGCUGUUGCUAUGACUGUUGGCGCCAUGAAGCUUGGCCCCGUUGCUUGGUUGAUCCCAAUCUUCGUGGCCUGCUCUACUUUUGGCUGCGUCAACGGCUUGGCUUUCAGUGGUGCAAGACUUGUGUACGUAGCAGCUCGCAGUGGACACAUGCCCAAAGCACUUGCAAUGAUACACCGAAAGCGACAAACACCCAUGCCUUCAAUUAUAUUCAUGAACGUGAUUGCCCUCAUCAUGUUGAUCCCAGACUCAGCACAGUUCAGUACACUAGUAAACUACUUCAGUUUUGCCGCAUGGUUGUCGUACUUCGCGGUGUUUAUCGCUUUGCUGUACCUGAGAUGGAAACGACCCGACCUGCAUCGUCCAUAUAAGGUAUGGAUAGUGGUCCCAAUCUUCACCGCUCUUGUUGCCUUGUAUCUUCUUAUCACGCCAUUCGCUAUGGAGCCGAUCGAAUCUUCUCUCGCUCUGAUCUUCAUCGCACUUGGGAUCCCUGUGUACUUUAUCUUCUGUAAAUGGGACCUCGUGGGUAAAUGCGGCGGUUGUGAUAAUUUUAACCUGCUAAUCCAGAAGCUUUUUGAUGUUGCUGUCGAAGACGAAAAGGACGAGAUUGAAGACUGAAAAGAAAUGCGUACGAUGUAGUAAACAAAUUACAAUAUUAGUGUUGACGUCUUAAAAUUAUUUUAGUUCCGUUUAUCUUCCUUUAGAAAUACCUGAAURCCAUCGUUACUGUACCGGGCUUUCUGUGGUAACACAGGGAGCCCACAAAUAUUUGUGUAGAUGAAAGAAUUUAAUUUUAAGGAACGGAAUAGUUAGAAAAGUAAUGAAUAUUCUUAAAGUUGAUCCUAUAAGAUAUAUUGGCAUCAUGUCAAAGAUAGCUUAGGAUGUAAAUUUUGUGUCGAUGUUUGUCGUAGAGUCGAUACGAUAUUUAUCGUAUGAUCUCACUGUCUUGAACCAGGUCAAACUGUUUUGCGCAUGCGUCAUUCAUAGUUUAUUAGUCGAAGUAAUAUGAUAAAAGUACUUUUAUUCUUCACUUGACUCUUAAGAUGACUUCCGCUCAGGUUGUCGAAACGUCRGUCACWUCAAACAGUCCUUCUCAGGACUACAUCCACCCGGAUGAUCAUAUUACUUCGAUUAACAUUCAUUCACCUGGGUUCAAACCGUUCUAUACAAUUCAUAGUUUAGCCCAGUUCGUAGAAGUUAUAAUUUAUCGGGGGAGGUUUUUGAAGCCUGGCUCACUCUCGUAAUGCAAGCAUAAGCAGAAUAUGUAGACUCGUUUUACUUCAGAGACAAUGGACCGUCGCGGCUAAAAUUAUUCUCAAGGGAAAUCUGAAAUGGGGAGUGGGAGACUGUAAUUCCUGUUAAUGAAUAACAUACAUGCGAUUUCCUUUUUAAUUAUAACAUUUGAACAAUCUCUUACCCGUAGCCUGCGUUUCUUCUGGCCUGCGUCGAAGGAGAGCUCUGACAUAAUCCAUUUUUUUGAGACCAUGGGUACGAGUUUGGCGCGCGACUUGACCUUAGUAGACUGCGCAUGCGUAAUUCGUUGUGCGUAUGCUUGCAUCGCUUGUGUGAACCAGGCACAACUUUAGUCAUUUAAUUAUUUAAUUAGGUUCAACCGUACGUUGGAAGAUAAUCCAUAAAUGAUAUUAAUUUAUAUAAAAUAGGUAUCGUACGCUAAAAUCAUAUACAUGGGGCGUAAUCGUAGGGUACAUGUGACAUCACAGCCGCCAUGUUGAUUGACUUGUCCGCCGGGCUGAUUUCAUUCGUGUCAAACAACAAGGCGGCCCCAUCUUUUUGCGCCGUUUAGCCUCAUGGGUAGGGAUGUAAUUUAUCUGCAUCAAACCCAUCGUAAUUUUAAUGUCGAACUGGUUAUUAGUAAAUAAUAAUAAUAAACUCGCUAGCUAGUGGUCAUAGUCUUGUAUAUCAUAUUUUACAACAUAGAAUAGUUCGUAGUGGGGACUAACUGGCCCAUCACCCUUGGUUUCAAUACCGCUGACCAGACCUAUAACUGCUGUGGGCUUAGGACGUGUCCGUGGUGACCAGAGCACUACAUACAAACGAAAGUGUUGGUCUUGAUCUACAACGAGUUCAAAGAAACUUUGUAAAAACUGAUACGACUAGAAAAUAUGUUCGAGGUCUUUAAAUUCUGGGAAUGCUGAAAAGGUAUUUUUUAGUUGAAAUAAAGAGUACAACGUACAGUGUUA